AGUGGCGUGCAAUAUGAGAGCGAGAGAGAGAGAGAGCGCGAGAGAGAGACAGACAGACAGACAGUGACUGCAGGAGGAGCGGGGACAGCGCAGGGACAUCGCUCCACAACAUAUUGCUGAAAUGGGAGUCGAAAUCGAAACCAUCACCCCUGGCGACGGAAGGACUUUCCCCAAAAAAGGACAGACGUGCGUGGUGCAUUACGUCGGCUCCCUGACGGACGGACGCAAGUUUGACUCAUCCCGCGACCGGGACAAGCCUUUCAGGUUCAAGAUCGGCAAGCAGGAAGUGAUCCGAGGGUGGGAAGAGGGUGUUGUGCAGAUGAGCGUUGGUCAAAGGGCCCAGCUUACCUGCACACCCGACUUUGCCUACGGAAACAAAGGCCACCCGGGUAUCAUCCCUCCCAACGCAACCCUCAUCUUUGAUGUUGAACUGCUGGGUUUGGAAUGAAAACAUUCAAGUCCUGUUUUCUUUUUGUCUAUGACUUCCUACCUGGAUGAUCUGGAGAGAAACUAGGAAAGUCUGCACUUGAUUUUAUACGAGGCUCCAGUUUAUUGUUCCACUACUUAUUUCAUCAAACUAAGGACAGUUUGUGUUAUUUUGUCUCUGUGACUGAGUGAAAAUAUAAUUUCCAUCAUAUCCUUCCUCCCUAUGAAACAUGGCCCACGACCUUACAAAACCCUGUGUCUUGAAUACUAUUUUGCGCUUUAAGUUUCUUUAAUUUUAUCCCCCAAUGUUGGCCGUGCAUGGUUACGCCGACAAGUACAAAGCACCAAUGAACCUCUAGAGAGGACAUUCACCUGCCUCAAGUCUACAUGCGCUACUGUCAUACUGUCAGAGAGCUGGCGCUUUGUCGUAUUACAGGAAUGAAAAGAAAUGUACAAUCAUUUAUAUCCCUGUCCCGCAGAAAACCAGAAACAAUUUAAUUGACACCUUUCUGUUUGAGAGGGAUGAGGCGUAGUGUUGAGUUAAGUAGCUUCCUGUGUUAAAGUGCAUGUCAUGGGAGGUGGUGCAACACUGAAAAGGAAGUGCCACCUUUCCCUCUAGUGCUGUUUAUGGUCCAAUGGAAACCCUAGCAGCAUGUACAUGUGGAAAGCUUUGCAAACAAUUUGUUUUGAUGUUCUCCUUAUCUCGCUGUGUCUUUAAACCCCAUUUAAAGCUGUCAACAGGUCAAACUGUGCAACGACGGGAUUUUGAUGCACAUCAAUUGGAUUUCUUUUUUUCUUCCUGAUUAAAAAAAGUAAAUAAAUAGGAAAUACUUGAAAUUCGACAAUGGGGGGUUGAGGAGACAAUGAAAUGGUGACCUCCCCUUGUGUCACAAAUUUUCAGAUGCGUACUUUCUAUCUCUGAGAAUCCACAAUGUUGAUGUUUAACACAUAUGACAAUAGACAUUGUGCCCAGUGUCAGUGAUGUAACAUAAAGUCAAAUAUUAUGACACAUGGCCCAGUGGUUUUAUAUCUCAAAUAAAUGGUUUUAAAUGGAGUUUAAUAAAGGAAUAUGCUGGC